AUGGAAACGAAAGGUUUUGAUGAACAAACCCCAAAAGCAAAAGCAAAAUGCUUUUUACCGCCUCCUUUGGAACAGCCUAAAAAGGAAGCAAAUUCAAAGAUCAUAAGAAAUCAGGAAUGGCAGUGUGACAAAUCAGUUGUGGAAUGUGUCCAUUAUAUGUUGACCAAUCAAAUAGCUUGCGAUGUUACCAUCUUUGUUGGCCCGGAAAAAAUUGAAGUCAAGGCACACCGAUUCAUUCUAAUCGCUAGAAGUCCUGUAUUCUUCGAGAAACUCCGAUCCUGCUCUGCUAGCGAAGAAUUCCGCUACAAAGUGAAUAUACCUAACAUUGAAGUGGAUACUUUUCAAACAUUUCUUAGAUAUCUCUACACCGAUGAAGUUGAUAUCAACUUAGAAUUAGCAAAGUCAUUGUUGCCUGUUGCCAGGCGGUUUCGAGUCAACCAUCUUGUGCAACUCUGCUUGAGGUUGCUAAAUGAAGAAGUUGAUGUCAAUAAUGUUUCCUAUUUAUUAGAUCAAGCAAUCUUAUCACACGCCUUAACAAUGCGCGACAGGGCAAUGGAAAUGAUCAAUAAGUCUACAAGAGAAUGUUUGAAUUCAGAGGCAUUUUGUAAUAUUAGUUUAGAGACACUUGAUUAUAUACUGAAAUCAGACGAUCUGAAUAUUUCAGAACAAGAGUUGUACGAAUGUUGUUUGAAAUGGUCGUCAACACAGUGCCUCAAGAAAGCUUUAGAAAUCACAGACGAAAAUAUCCGGGAUCAGUUUGGUGAGAGUAUUUAUCAAAUAAGGUUUACACUUAUGCCAAAAGAAUACUUUCAUUAUGAAAUAUUUGGCAGAAAUAUCCUUGAUGAUGAAGAAAAGACUAGUAUAAUGGAGUGUUUAACAGAUGGAAGUCCAAAGAAUUGCGACUUUAAAUUCAAUCGAAACUUGAGAAAGACAACUGAAUAUUUCCGAGUUCUUCGAUUCGAGAAACUCGACAAGAAAUUGAAGGAACACACAGGUCGGCCAGAUGCAAUCAUGUUUGAGACGUCAAAGCCGUUAUGGUUUCAUGGGGUGGCUCUAUAUGGUUCCUACAUAGAACAAACUAUAAAUGUCCAUUUAGAGAUUUCUGACAGCAGUAACAACGUUAUAAGAGCCCUCGGCCUGGCGUUCAAAAGCGUUGAGUCUGAGGAAAUAUAUGAUGUACUUCUACCUACCCCCUUUCAAACAAAUGCAGGAUCACGAUACAAUGUCGUGGUCAUUGUUGUGGGAAAGUUUCGUCACAUGUAUCGGGGGGUCGAGGGGAAGAGAGAAAUAAAUUUCAAAGACACUCAGAUCAAAUUUUUUGAAUCAGGAAAUUCGUCAAAUGGAACCACGGUUAGCGAGGGACAGAUCCCUGGAUUUCUCUUAUCAUGAAAUAUA